AUGGCUGAAAUAAAUCGCAACUUCAUCGAUCCUCUUCCCUGGCCGGCACAUACCAACACGCUCCCAGAAUCCACACCCGAAGGACACUGGAAGCACCUUCCACCAUACGAAGUGCAAUCUGAAGAGCAAUUCGGCCCAAUCAAAUGGCGUGGAAAGUGUUUCUGUGGAAAGAUCACCUAUCUCUUGAAGCGAGAGAAACCACUCAAUGCCAAAUACUGCCAUUGUCGCGUGUGCCAGGUUACCCAUGGAGCUCCCCUUCAGUGGGCGGCAAUUUUCCACAAGGACGAUAUCUCAUUCACCAAGGGCGCGAGCGAUUUGGUAUUUUAUUCUUCUACACAUGAAAGUCAGGACCAUGUGUUGCCUACCAAGGUGUCCUGUGCAAAUUGCCGGACACCGAUCAUGGAUGAAGGCCGGAAUAUGUGUUUGAUCUUCCCUCAAUUGAUUGAGCUCGAGGGAUCUAGCCAUGAGCGAAGAGAGAAGAGGGAGGCUUUUAAGCCGACAUGUCAUAUCUUCUACAGGUCACGCACCCUAGAUCUUCCCGACGGUCUCCCCAAGUGGAGCGGAAUGGAGAAUGCCAGUGACCAGAUGGACGACCACGGUAACCGGAUCGGGAAUUUGUGA